AUGGCAUCUCGCAAGGAAAUCAUCAGCAAGAUCUACAAGAUCGUCCCUCCCAUGCUCGAGAGCUUCCACAAGGGUCAGCUCGGUCGUGUGGCUGUCAUUGGCGGUAGCGAGGACUACACUGGUGCUCCCUACUUUUCCGGUAUGGCCUCUGCAAAGCUCGGUGCCGACAUGUCACAUGUCAUCUGUGAGCCCGGCGCCGGCCAGGUCAUCAAGACCUACUCGCCCAACCUCAUGGUCCACCCUUACAUGCGUCAGAGCAAGAACAUGAAGGAGGGCGAGACCAUCGACAACAUCUCAAAGACCGUCGUCGAGAUGCUGAACCGUCUGCACGUUGUCGUCAUUGGCCCUGGUCUUGGUCGCGACGAGGCCAUGCAAGAGACUUGUGCCCGUGUCAUCACUGAGGCUCGCAAGAGGGGCAUUCCUUUCAUCGUCGAUGCCGAUGGUCUUUUCAUCAUCCAGAACAGACCCGAGUUGGUCGAGGGCUGCACCGAGUGUAUCCUCACACCCAACGUCGUCGAGUUUGGCCGUCUAGCAAAGUCAAAGGGCAUCGACGCCAGCGGUGAUCCUACAAAGCUGUGCGAGGAGUUGGCCAAGGCAUUCGGUGGCCCUACCAUCAUUCAGAAGGGUGCCAAGGACUACAUCUCCAACGGCAAGGUCACCUUCGUCAACGACAACGAGGGCGGUCUCAAGCGUUCAGGUGGUCAAGGUGACACCUUGACCGGUUCUCUUGCAACCCUCCUCGCCUACAGAAAGGCCUACCACGAGAAGCUUUGGGACCACGAGAACGACCUGUCCGAGCCUGAGACUCUCGCUCUAGUCGCUUUCGGUGGCAGCGCCAUCACCAGAGAGUGCUCGCGUCUCGCAUACAAGGAGAAGGGUCGUUCGCUGCAGGCUGGCGACUUGACCGAGCACGUCCACACUGCCUUCCUCAACACAAUCGGCGAGAAGACAAAGAUCUGA